AUGGAGCUUCCUUCUCAAACUUCAAGCAUCAAUCCCGACUGGGAAGAAAUUAACGAAUGGGAUUCUGACGAUGACUUCUCUAAAAACUAUACUAUUACUUCGGUCCACCACCUUACCGUCCUCGACGAUGUAGAUAUAUCCGAAGACGAGGCAUACGAAUGCAUCUCAGCUCAUUCCAAACCAACGUUUGCCCAAGUUGUCAAAUCACCCUCAGACAAACACAAUAUCUCCGAUACGGAAGCGUCCGGUUCAAAUAAAAGUAGGAAUCACAGACGCAAGUCGUCUCGAUACAAAAUAAAAGACUCUAAGGAGAAAGCUCUUUCUGAACCUGAAGAUUUCGGAGGAUAUGGUGAUGAUGGUAGACUAGCUGGGUCCAAAAAAUCAAAUGGAAGGAGGCGGAUGACAGAUAAAACACGUGGAUUGAAGCUGUACCAACAGUUACUGACUCCGGAAUGGCUUCCUUAUUGUCCAGGUGAUACGAACAGAGAUAAGGACUUCUGCUAUUAUAAGGCCUGCAAGAAGGUUGUGAGUGGUUAUAAAAAAGGUACAAGCGGCAAACCUUCCAGGAGGGAUAAUAAGAAGUUAGCAAAUGAAUUUUAA